AUGGCCGCUUCACCUGCUCUCAGUGCAAGCUCACACAUGUCACACUCAUCAAGACCAUCUCUAUCGCUGGAUAUGAGCAACAUUCCUCAACUAUCUAAACCCACACCACCAUCCAACACCCUCUUAAUUACCGAUCUCAACGAUCUGCUGGUCUUCCAACCAUCCGCACUCGAAGAAAUCCGCAACCUCAUCACCUCAGUGGCCGUACUCAACUCCUUCUCGCCCCUCCCAUCCCUCCGCCGCAUCGUCUGCUCCUUCACCAACACCGAAGAUGCAACCACCAUCCGCAAACUCCUGGACGGCCAACUCCUACUCAACCGCGUGCAUCCGCGAAUCUACUUCGGCGAACCAACCCCAUUAAAUGACCGUCCCAAACUUCUCGAAGCACCCCAAGUCUCAAAGCUGUUCUUCAUUUCCCCGCCUCCCAGCCCACCCCACGGCUGGGUUCUGCGCAAUGAAGACCCGCCCAACAAAGAGGUCCAUGCCUCUGAUCUCGCUCAUGCCUUGUCCCAGCUGAAGACGGAGCCGAAGGAAGAUCCCGCUACCCCGGUCUCAAUCUCGGAUGAUAAGCGCACCCCCAGUUGGCCGAUUGAGGGCCAGCGAAGUCGGAGCAGCACCAUUAUCUAUCACCCUGAUACCCAUGGCGAUAGUCCCAAUUUGCCCGCUGUCAUGGUGGAAGAUAUGAGUCUGGGUAUUGAUGUUGAGGAUGUCGAUAUGGAUGAGAUGAGCCCUAUUGAGAUGUCUGUUAAGUCUAUGCCUCCCAAGACUUCGAGGCCACCCGUCGAAUUGAUGGAGUAG